UGUCGUUGCCGCGGAAUUCUUUUGGCGCGGCCCGAUGGACUUGGGCGUGAGGAUGGAGAAGAAGAACAUGGACCAUUACCUGCGCCGCCUGAAGCAGGAGCUGGUAUCCAUGAAGGAGGUUGGGGACGGACUGCAUGAACAGAUGAACUCCAUGAUGGGCGCUCUGCAAGAGCUGAAACUCCUCCAGGUCCAGACGGCCCUGGAGCAGCUGGAGAUUUCAAGCAACCCGAACCAGGUUCCAGGAAUUGGCCAGCAUCAGUACUGUCAGGGCAGUAAAGAAGUGCCAAGGUUAAGACGCGAAGCCAGCAGGCAGAGUGAGAAACUGCUGGGGACGAGCUCUUCGGAGAGCUGCAGCUCUUCAGCUUUUCUAUGCUCUGCCCAGAUGCCACAGCCCACCAGCCCACUUUACCACGUUACUUUGCCACACAGUACCCAUGGGCACAUGACUUCAUCCCUUAGCAGCAUUAGCUGUGGCGACUGCUAUCGUGCCAGCGGACCGUCAUCAACGGUGAGCACAGCAGAGUACCACUCACCAAGGACACUUGAAUCAUCCAGUGAGCACAUGUCCGGAAGCUGGUUUUCUCAUGACACAAGCAGCCUUUCUGAAAGUAAAUUUGGAUGCCAAGAAUGCCAGUUCUCUGAUGAGACCGACGACUGGACUUCUUCACUAAUGUCUCAAAGCAGGAACCGGCAGCCUCUGGUCUUGGGCGACAACAUCUUUGCUGAUUUAGUUGGGAACUGGUUGGAUUUGCCCGAGAUAGACAAGAAAGGGGAGAAGAAUGAGACUUUGCCAGGCAGCAAAUCCCAGGAGUUCUACAGAAAGUUUUCCCUCACAGCCAACAUAUUCAAGAAGUUCUUAAGGAGCGUCCGGCCGGAUCGAGACAGAUUGCUUAAGGAGAAGCCUUGCUGGCUGCCAGCAGAAGACAAAAAGGCUGAAAUCUUAAAGAGGCCCAAAAAAGUAAACAAACAGAAGGGAACUUUUUACUUCCCUUGUCACGGGAACAUAUCAAAUACUCAGGACAAAGCCGAAAGGUGCCAAAAGAAGGAAACUAGCAAGGCCAAGACCAAACAUUGUACCAAGACCCACAACGCAAUAGACCACAGUCAGUCAGGGUUUGAUUUUAACACAGCUGUAUGGGUCUGAAUUCCAGCAUGUCAUCUCCUUUGCCAAACUGGUCUAUCCCAAAAACAGACUGGGAAAGGUAUGAGCAGUA